AAGAUGGUAUGGCAAUCAAGCACCAAACUUGGAUGUGGAGUGAAAUGGUGUGACUCUAUGACGUUUGCAGGCUGUCAAUACGUGAAGCAAGGGAACUGGUUCGAUGAAGAAAUUUACGAGAAAGGAGAACCGUGCUCAAAGUGCAAGUGCAAGAAGUGCAAAUGUGAUGCGAAAGUUGGGCUUUGUUCUAUACGCAAAUGA